AAUAAAAUAAGUUUUUGAUGACAGAUAAGCUUUAAACCUAUGGUAUUAAUAUGAUUAAAUAUUAGCAAAUAGAGAAGAACAACUAGUAAACACAGAUAAUCGAGCAGAAUUUUCAUUAGGGAAAUUUACUCCAAUAGAAUUAGAAUGGGAUAAAUUGAUAAUAAAUGCAACAAUAAAAGUUGGAAAUGUAUAUUUCUUAGUAAAUAUUAAUUAGGUUAAUACAUAAAAGUGUUUGUUAAAUAAUCUUAAAGGGGUAAUGAAACCAGCACAUUUUACUGCAAUUCUUGGUCCUUCAGGAUCAGGGAAAACAACAUUGUUAAACUUUUUAUCAGGUCGUUUAAUAUCUGAUAAUUUACAAAUAUCAGGUGAGUUAAAGCUAAAUGGAAAAAGGAUAGAUGAUAUUGAUAAAUUUAAUGAUUAAAUGGCUUAUGUUAUGUAAGAUGAUAUUUUGUUAGCAACAUUUUCACCAAGAGGUAAAUUAAUUUUAAAUUAUUUAGAGGCCUUUUAUUUUUCAGCUAAUAUGCGAUUAACAAUAUCUGCAGAAGAAAAACAUUAAAGAGUAGAAUCUUUGAUUAGAGAGUUGGGUAUUACAAAAUGUGCAGAUACAAGAGUAGGAAAUACCUAAAUUCGAGGUGUUUCAGGAGGUGAAAGAAAAAGAGCAAGUAUAGGAGUUGAAUUACUUACAAAUCCAAGUUUGAUAUUUUUAGAUGAACCAACUACUGGUUUAGAUUCUUCAACUGCAUUAUAAGUUAUUGAUCUAUUAAAGAGAUUAGCAAAAAAUGGUAGAACUAUUGUCAGUACUAUUCAUUAACCAUCAUCUGAAAUAUUUAAUAAUUUUGAUAGACUUAUGCUUUUAGUUAGAGGAAACAUUAUCUAUUAAGGAGAUGCUGAAUAAGCUAUUGAUUAUUUUGGAAAUAUGGGCUUUUAAUGUCCUAAUUUUUCAAAUCCUUCUGAUUAUUUUAUGAAAUUAAUGAAUGAAGAGGGACUUUUAGUUGAAAAAAUAUAAGCAGGUGAAUCUGAAGAUUUUGAUGAAGCUAAAAUUAAGGAAGAAUUUGAAGAAAGACUUAAAUAAUUUAUAAAUAAUUACUAUUCUUCUAAUAUGAUUAAAGAAUUAUAAUCCAGCGAAUCUGCUAUCAUAAAAGAAAAUGAUUCUGGUUUUCAUAUUGGAUUUAUUUAAUAAUUUGUAUUAAUUUAUUAAAGAUCCUUUUUAAAUGAAAUUAGAAAUCCUAUGGAUGUUAAAUUAAAAAUAUUUUAAUCUAUUGUUAAUGCAAUAAUGCUUAUGUUAGUUUAUUCUGAUGUAAAUAUUAAUUAAUAUAUGAUAGUUAGGAAGAUAUAAUGAAGGAUUAUAAAAUCGUUUUGGAGCAUUAUUCUUCAUUUGCACAGCUAAUGCAUUUGGUGGAAUUUAAGGUGCUCUUCAUACAUUUUCAAUGGAAAGACCUUUAUUUUUGAGAGAAAGAAUCAAUAAAACUUAUAGUGUACAUUCAUUCUUUUGGGCAAGAUCUUUGGCAGAAUUUCCUUUCCAAAUUAUUUAUCCAUCUCUUUGUGUCAUAAUUGUCUAUUAUGUUAUUGGAUUAAGUGAUCUUAAUGUUGGAAAGUUUUUCAUGUUAAUAUUCAUUUAAUUCUUAACAUAUCAAUAUGCAGUUUCAUAUGGAUUACUUUUAUCAACAGUUAUACCUAAAAUAGAAGUAGCUACAGCAUUAGUACCUGCUUUGGUUAUUCCUUUUAUGAUAUUAGGAGGAUUCUUUGUUAAUUAAGAUAAUAUCCCCUAUAUAUUCUAUCCAUUCACAUAUUUAUCAAUGUUUAAAUAUGGUUUUGAAGCUUCAGUCAUUGUAUGAAUAUAUUCUUAUAAUUUUAUAGAAUGAAUUCGAUGAAGUAAAUUAUGAAUGCAUGCAAGGAAGUCCAUGCAAACCUGUAGAAAUGUUAUCUAUAACUUUAUCUAUGUGGGAAUGUUGCUACAUUUUAAUUGGAUUAGCAGUUGGAAUUAGAAUGUUUGCCUAUUUAGCUCUUCAUCUCAUUUCAAGUCCUGAAAAACCUAAACUUAAAUCACCAGAAUCCAUGUAGAUUAUGAACAGUCAAAGUUGAUUUAUUUCUUCUUUAAAUAUUUUAUUUAAAUUACCAA